AUGGCGGCUGUCUCUUCCGAAAGCGAGCAAGUUGCCGAUCUUACGAAUGCUGAAAUGUCAGUUGAAGAUAAACCUGCAGACGAAAAACCAGUUGAAGAAGUAUCAAAAGAGGAAGAAGGUAAGUUGUGCGAGUAACCAAGUUUGAUGAAAGAAUAAGAAAGUUUAAUAGAAAGAAUAGAUGUCAGCCGAUGAUAGCACGUGGUGAAGUUCAUACCCAAAUCCCCACAAAGCCUUUUUUCCGGUGUAUAAUUAUCGGAUGGUUCAUAAGCAAGCUGUGCGAGAUUUGUCAGUGAUAGUUUAGGAAAAUAAAGUAAUGCGAAAAAGGUUACAAUGGUAUUUUGAUCAAACAAACAACAAAUAACAAACUUCGGAAAGAAUUUUGAAUGGGUCAGAUCUUAGCAAGAUGUCUGACAGAGAUCAUCUUUUUGAGCUACCUAGUCGAUCAUCCUUCAGUUAAAGAACUGCCAGUUCAAAACAAGCCUUGAUAAUUCAAAAAUUGAAUUAUGAGUGCAUUAGUGAGGUAGCAGUCAUCAAAGUAGAACAAAGUGGCAAAGUUUGAGAUUUGGAAUUGGUGUAACAAUAUUUAAAUUGUCUAGGGUGGAUUUACACUGUUGCAAAAUUUUUAUUUGUGUACAAGGGUAAAUCAAAAAGAGGUAAUUUAUGAGAAGUCACACAUAAAUGUAAAAGUUGAACGAGAUGUGCGACAGUGGAAAUCCGCCUUCAUUGUCAAUUUUAAAUCUUAUGCCUUUAGGAAUGCUAGAUGGGGCUUCACUUUAAUGUGUUUUUCUUUUUAACCCAUUCACCCCUUGAAAUUUUGCCGAAAAAUGCAUUUUGAAGCUAGUCGAGCAGUUUUCUGGUCACUGUCAUGCAAUAAAGAGCCAAAACUUACCAUAAAGCCCUUUACAGGUUGUACACUUGGCCGCCUUCUGACCCAGAAGCAAAAUAUUAGCUUGCGAAGUUCGGGCAUGCACAGAAAACAAAAUUUCGAGAUAGUUUUUGGGUUUAAAAGUUACACAGCAGUCUUGACUUUUACUUUUCACUUUCUCUCCUCCCCUCUUUUAUCGCUUUUCUUGCCUCAUUUUGUUUUCUUUGGCCGUGCAUUUAGUAGGCUUCAUUUUGGUGGGAAAAGUUUUUGGGGAAGCUUUUAGGAUCUUAGGAUUAGAUGAAAGGAAAGGUAGGUGGAUAGUGGAACAAAAUUUUCAUGGAAAGUUUCAGGUCAAUGUUACAGGUUUUUUGCCUUUUUCUCCAGUGUCCUUGACUGAAUGGUGCUCAUUCUGGUAUGGUUUUAAAAAACUCUUCACUUUGCACAAGUUAGCAGACAAAAACUGAUGACGUUACAAGGGGUAUAAGGGACAUGGAUCCACUUGGGCCGUUACAUGUGUUCAGGGGCAAAUGGGUUAAAUUAGUGGAAAUCGAGACAAGAAAUACAAGAAAUCUGAUUUCAGCACCAACAAAACCAUCUUAUGAGCUAAAUCUUUGUCAAAAUGUUCGCUGAUUUUAUUGUUUUCCCUGAAAUUUUGUGUACAGAGAAAAAAGAAGAAGCCUCAGAUGAACAAAAAGAAGAAGCUAAAGUUGAAGGAGACCAGGUAAGUUUGGCCAAGUGGUUAGAGCAGUGGAGUUAUCAUCUGGAGACCCCAAGUUCUAUCUCCACCCUAAAGACUACAGCGUACAUGUACCUAGAAUUGUUCUCAAUGGUCUCUAGUUCAACUCAUCGGUCAUGCUUUUAAAUAGCCAACUGGUUUGCUUCCAACCAGGUGGGAUUCUUACAGUGACUUUGUUACAAACCAAUGAGUCCUAGUUCAAAAAAACAAGGAGUACUAAAUUGAAAAUGCUUGGGCCUUUAUGUAACCAGACAGUUAAUCUGGAGUACAGACACCAAAAUUUGUUAUUACUGUUUACUGAAAAAAGAAAUCACAUGAACAGGAUAUUCUACCAAAAAAAAUCUUCAAAUAAAUUGAUCAUUCUUUGCAUCCUAUGGGACGCUUGCCAUGAAUUAUUUUGCGUCUUUGGGGAUUUUAUGCAUCAGAGAUGCCGGACACAGAGGUAAAAAAAUUACUGACUCUUAGUCUUCUGGGCUGCAAGGUGAAACUACUGGUUUACCAGUAAUUGUUGUACCAGUUGUGUGGCAGUUCAGCUGUUUUUGUGGGAAAAAAUGGUGAAAGAUUUCUUGUGUUACUGGUAUAUAAAGACAACAUAAACAGUUUACUGCCUCAAAAAGAUGACAAGAAUGCACUAAAAUACCAGUUAAAGGAUGACAACUCAUUGCUCACAGUUUCCUUGUUCUUGAGGGAGACAAGGAAAAAUAAAUGAUAAUAAAAUAAAAAUGGAAUAAAAUAAGGUGCCUUUAUUUAACACUGAAAGAGAUUGAAAUUUUAAUAGGUGAGAACCUGGCUAUUAAGCUGUAUUAACUGGUACACAUUAUGAUAUGUUAGGAUGUGAAUGGAGACACUAAACAUACAGAGGAGCAAGCGUCAGAUAGCACCAAGGGACUAGGUGACAAAGUAGCAAAACACUACAAUGAACAUCCUGAAGGCAGCAAGGAAAGCCGAAAAGAGAGCCCCAUAUUUUACUUAAGGAACUUUAACAACUGGGUCAAGAGCAUAAUCAUUGGAGACAGUCUGGACAAAAUCAAAAGGUAAGGCAGUUUUACAUGGUUCUUAUGGUUCCUGGAAGGUCUGGAGGGUAGUGACAUUUUAUUCUGGCAUUUUCAAGGACUGAAAUGUUGUUUUCAAAAACCAGGGUUUUCAUUAAGAAUUCUAGUAGCAGGAGAAAGGUGUAACCUUACAGGAGUAUUUUGAAAGAGGCUCCACAUCUGAAUAGAAAGUAGACGUAGGCUACCAAACAUUUGCUGAAGAAUUCUGCAAAGUAAACAGGGAAUUCUCCAAUCUCUGAUGCCCAAUGAACACCCUGAAAAACUGUACCAACCUUCUUAGGCAGGUUUCAGGCUUUUUUCGAGCUGUUUAAAAACAAUACUGAAUUCCCACCAAAAAAGGUGAAAAAUACUCAAUAACUCACUUGCUGUGAUUUCUAGUCCUCUGUCUCUCUGUUGCCUUGUGUUAAAAGAAUUUAUUGGAAGGGUAUUUAAACCCUGCUUUUGGUAAAUAAUUAUUGCUCAAAUGUUCUCCUCGUGUUACUUAGAGUGAAUUACAAGGAUAUAUCAGUGCUCGAUCUUUGCUGUGGAAAGGGGGGCGACCUGCUCAAGUGGCAGAGGGGAAGAAUAAAGACUCUUGUAUGUGCAGGUUGGUCUCAUUUUAUUUCUGAAUAAGUAAAUAAAUAAGUUGAAUAAAAAUAAUAAAUAAAAAUGCUUUAUACAGGAGCAUAGCAUGAGAUUAAAUUAAAAAAUUGAACUGGACAUCUAUAUUCUUAACCCUUCAUCUUAUGCCAGCAGAUAUGAUUUCUGGUUCAUUUUAAUUUUUGGUGUGUUGGUGAUUUCUUUCCCUCAGACAUUGCUGACGUUUCUGUAGAGCAGUGUAAGGAGAGAUACAAAGAACUUCAAAAGACACACGAGAGCCGGCGUUACCGUGACCCUCUUUUUGAACCUGAAUUCAUCACUGCAGAUUGUAGCAAGGUAAUAUCUAUUCAACUAUUUCAAAUUGCUCCUAUUAUGUGUUUUCCAUUCAAAGAGCUCACAUUCUUGUCAUCUAUCCUUAGCCUGCAUUGCAGACAUAAUUUAACCUUGGUUAGUAACAUCUGCAAAGCAGGGCCGAGAUCCUUGUUCUGUACACCCAACAGACUCAAUGAAUUACCAGAAGGGCAUUUAGAAUUUCCUUUCAUACUGAUUAGUAAAUUGACAGUGGCUUUAUCAGCAGGUCAAUCAUGUUGUAUACUCUAAUCCUUGUACACAGGUAUGGGCCCAGAACAAGGAUUUGGGAGGUGUUUCACAGACGAACAGACCAGUUCUUAGUUUCCUGUGCAGUACAGGCAGUCUAAUCCUCUGAGCUAAAAUGUGUCCCCCUUGAUAAAGAAAUUCACCUUCCUGGACUCUGUUCUUUUGUUGGUGAAUUAAUUCAGAGAACGGGACUUGCAUCCCUUAUUGAUAUCAACCCCUUCAUUACCAACCCAGCCCAUGAGGAGGUUGUCCACACCACUAGGGGUCUACAUCCCCUACUCUUUAUGAACAGCAGUGUGAGGAACAGUGAAAGAGCUUUUAGACAGGGCCUAUGGUUCCUGAGAAGACUAGAAUGUCGUACCAAUAGGCCAUUUGCACUAAGAGGUCAUGUGACAUCGUUUUUAUGAAAAUGAAAGUUAUAUGAUUGUUCCUUCGAAAAACGAUUAAUGGGUCAUAUCUUAAACAAAAUAAUAUUGAUUUGGUUUUUCAAACCCGCACCAUUUUCUUAAAUUGAGUAAGUUCGUAGCUUGUCACGUGACCAAAUUGUGAUUUUUAAAAUUAUGAAUUACCUCUUUCUGAACACAAAUUUUGCACUUAAACUUCAAGGAAAAUGUUGAAAAGAUGAUGUAGUAACGUUUACAGCACAUCUGAGUGAAAUUAUCAAACGUUCAACAAGAUAUAAGCAAAAAGUAGUUUUGGCCGCCAUGGCGGCCAAUACAAAUGAUACUACUUUGUUGAAAAAUCAAAGUGCCAUAAAAUAUCUCCCUUAAAUGCGUUUCCUCUCAAAUUUCGGGUCUAAGAUAAUUUUUAUGUGCUCUAUCAAUUUUUGGCAUCAGCAAGAUUCCAACUCAUUGUUUAAAGGAAGCAUUAGUCACGUGACCUCUUAGUGCAAGUGGCCUAUUUGUGGAUGUCAUUACAAAGGGAGCCUAUUCUGAGUGUUGGCCCAGAAAGGGUUUGAAUCCAUAACCUCCCACUUAGCAGACCAGGGCUUAUUUAAUUAAGCUAACCAGGCAGCUGCAGAGGAAAACACUCAAACUUGACAGGGCUUUCCCUAUUCCUUGGUCUAUCAGGUGGAAGGCAUGUUGGCCUAAUGGUUAGUGUGUGGUACUCCAAAUCAAGAGCUCUGACUAUGAGCCCUCGAUUGGUUAUUGCAUGUUUUGUGUCCUUGGCAAAACACUUUACUCUCAUAGUGCCCAGCUUCACCCAGGAAGAUAAAUUAUCACAGCCAAAUUUAAAGCUGGGGAUAACACUUCCAUGGACUGGCAUCAUGUCUGGGGUGAAUAGAAAUAUUCCUAGUUGCUUCAUGCUACAGAAAGCAGCGAAGGGUGAACUGCAGCCUGAUAGACCAUUUCUCUCAAAUGCACUUUUUACUAAAAAUGUGCAAUUUCUUUCUGGUGCACUCAUUGCUUGUGAGUUAUGGUUGAUUAUGGUACAGAUUAAGGAAAUGUGAUGGUGGCACAAUUUCUUUUUCUCUUUCUUGAUUUUCUGAGAAGCUCUCAAGAGAAAUGUAAUAUUUACAUAAAAAAACUGUUGAUGUUAUCACAAAAACAAGUCGACAGAAAUUUUCUGUGGUCUGUACUCUUAUUGAGCAUAGAGAUGAUGUCAAAAUGUUCAAAACUUUGCAUUGAAACCACUCAUCUGUGGCUUGAGUUUCCACUUGAGUUUUUACAUUUUGAUGUCAUAAAUCUAUGGUCAGCAAGAGUUUACAUCAUGGAAAACUGUUGCUGAUUUGUUAACUUUUCCAUACCUUUACCUGGUCCAUCAGACCACAAGUUUAACAGGUCCUGACAUAUUUAUGUGAUGUGCAUUCAACAGGAACGACUUGCUGAUAAGUACACGGAUAAAGAUCAACAGUUUGACCUGACUAGUUGCCAGUUUUCAUUUCAUUACUCAUUUGAGAGUUACGAGCAAGCUGAUAUGAUGUUGAAGAAUGCUUGCGAACGACUCAAAGUUGGGGGAUUUUUUAUAGGAACUACUCCAAAUGGUUAUGAACUAGUGUAAGUAUUUUGUUGGUGCCUGUAAUUUGUUUUUUGACUGUUUCUUAGUAGUCGUGGUUUUCCCAGGUAGAUGAAAGCCAAGUCAGGUCAAUUGUACCCCACUACAUUAUAUUUUAAUUGUAAUUGUUUAUUUGAAAAAUGAAUCCCUUAACAGUGGCUGCCACAACCAGUAUCAAAUUCAAAUCUGCGUUCCUGCAUGCAUAAUGAGCAGCGAAUUUUUGCAAUGACUUCUCUUUCUUCAGACAGAUUGAAAAAUCUUUGAAAUGAUGAAAUUGCUUUGAAGACAUUUACAUCAAAUUUAACAAAACUGAUCUGGUUUCUCAAAACACUAUCUACCUUGCUCAGGAAUUCACUGCUCAUUAUGCAUGCAGGAUUGCAAAGAUGAAUCUCAAAUCAACAACUACCAAUGGAUUCAACUUUCCAAUAAUAAUUUCAAAACUGGAAUCUUGGUGGGUACGCUUAACCUGGCUUGACUCUAAGAAUGUUAAUUGUUGUAGGAUUCUAAGGGGAAAAGCUGGUUUCUUUGUCAAAUACUUGUAAUUGUCAGGAACAAAUAAAUGUUUCAAUUGUUUUUCUAACUACAUUUGUACUAAUGGUAUGUCAUAGCCAGGGCUUUCAAUAAGAUCCUAUAUCCACCAUACUUCAGCAGGGAUAUAAUUUGUGAAUUCUAUGAUAACUGAGUGGUUACUCACACGUUGAUUAGUCAAGAGCUGUGGUCUGUUGGAGUAUAGACCAUAAAAAUGAUGUGCUGAAGGUGAUUUGUUAUUGAAAAUGAUGUCGUGAUGGUGAUUCAUCAAUUUAUUUUUUCCAGUGGGAAUGAAUGUUAAAAACUGUCAAUGUUAUUGUAAAAACAUUUAGACAGCAAUGGUCUUUACUCUAUUCUGUACAUUUUUUCAGCAAUGGUUUUUAAUGUAGAUCAGUAUUUUGAAUAAUUUAUUCUUCUUUUCAGUCGUCGAUUAGAAAAGUCUGAAGAUAUGUCCUUUGGUAAUGAUGUCUAUAAAGUGACUUUUGAGAAAAAAGGAGAAUAUCCUUUAUAUGGCUGUAAGUACGAGUUUCAUCUGGAAGGAGUUGUCGAUUGUCCAGAGUUCCUGGUGUACUUCCCUUUGCUUGAAAAGUAAGUGUUAAGAAGUAGUAAAGCUACUUGUUUCGAAAAAUUGCUGCAAGACAAGUUGAAAAGCGAUGUUGUGUGCUUUACCACCCACGUUCAAACCAUUCUUGCGGCAAAUCAGGUUUUGCAUGCUGCGUAAAUACAAACUUCUGAUUGGAUAAAAUUAUGGAGGAGUUGCACUAUACACAGAAGUUACGUUAAUUGGUGCAAAACGAGUUUGCCUUGGGCCGGUAAAAUGUGCAACAUGUUCAGAUUUUGUUGAAAAAGUAGAACUACUCUCUACUUUCUGCAACAACUUUUUGUAACCUGCAACAACAACCUGAUUUGUUGCCAGACAGGUUUGAACGCGGGUGGUAGAAUGCCUAACAUCGCCGGUCAACUCUUUUUGCAGAAAUGUUGCAGAACAAGUUCCAUAUUUUCGUAGCCCAUUUCACCAUACCUUAAUGCAAUAAGUCUCGUGUAGAUUUGUAGCUUUUUGUUGUACGCUGAAGGUGUAGCAGCUCGUCUGUGAUGGUCAGUGGUUGUUUACCAUUUACUUAGGCAAAUUGGUCGGUUCCCAGUUUGGGUUCACCCUUUAAGCCCCAGUAUCCACAUACAAGUUCUCCAAACUGAUCUCCAUACAUUUCCUGAAAGAAUGAGUUGAGAGAAUUUGAUAAAAGAUCAAGGUAUUUUUUUCUUGCGUGAUCACUUUAUUAAUUCUCAUAACUUAUCUGUUGACAGUGUAUGGAUAUUGUUAGGAGAAAAUUUAUCUUGGUCACUGUUGGCACUUAAAGGGUUAACUGUAUGAAAAAUUCAGGACUGGCAAAUUUUAUCCCAGAAAUGUGUUUAGCAUUUACACAAAUCAGUUCCAUCCACCAAAAAGUGGCCUCAAAGUCCUAAAGCUGGUGCUACAUGUAUCAAAGAUGGCUUUGAAGAAAUGGAACACGAAUUUCCGUUCUGGAACAUUCCGUCCUGAAAAACAGGACUAGCUUUUCAGUUGUUGCUCCCAGACAUUUUCUGCUGGAAUGACCCAAAAAAUCGUGUUCCAUUUACUUUCUAACAAGAUUUUCUGGAAAUGUUUUGUAAAUGGUUAACAACCAGCGUUUCAAUCUGUAGUCUCUACCAUGUGAUCCUUUGUUACUGUUUGCUUGAACUAAGAAAGUUCACCAAACAAUCUCUUUCUUUUUCAGAAUGGCCGAAAAAUAUGACAUGAAGCUUUUAUAUACAAAGACUUUCCACGACUUUUUCCGAGAGAAGUCAAGUGAAUCAACUUCCUUGCUCUACAAAAUGAAAGCGCUAGAGGUAGUUGUUAAGCUUAAAUCUUUGUAAAAUGGAUUUUGUUGGUUGAUUAUCAGUCAACAGAAGAUAAACAUUGUAUCAAUAACAAGUCACCAAAGAAAAUGUCUUUUUGUAAUUGAGUAGUAUGACUCAAGAUAAGGGAUCCGUAAUCCGUAUCUUAUUUCUGAAUUUUUUUUUUUGUCUUUUUAAGACAUACCCCCCUCGACAAGAGGGAGAAAGCUUGGUUUCGACUGCUGAAGAUGCAUACACUCACGCAAAAGACUUUUUAGAAGGUAUUCAGCUGAAUCAAGAGAAAUCCUCUUCAACCAGCAAGUACCGAGAUCACAGAGAAAAGAACCUCAAACAUGUUGUAAGUACUGAUCUGGGGCCAAAUGCUUAAAAUCUAACGUCAGAUCGAAACUACAAACGUCUCGCGUCUUGGUUCCUGGCUAUUUGAUGUCUUUUGUCAGAAGGGAUUUACGCUGGCCUAAAUCUUUAUCUUCAAUCAGUUAAUUGUCAAUAGCACACGCUAAUAGUGGCAAUAGGUGGCAUAAUUAGGCAGUAGGUGACAACAGAUAGGUUUUGGCUGUGGACUUAAACAAGGGCAAAGACGGAGCGAAAACGGCAGUAGAUGAAGCCUGUUCCACAGUGUGUUCCACACAGGUAUACAUCGGGCAAGAAAAGAGUACUUGUAGGCAUCAACAAAAGCGGAUAAAAGGUUUUAUUAUAUAGACACGAGUGUUUUACUGGAAAAUAUACCACUCGUAAAAUUCAUAAAAACUACAUCCGGCACCCGAGUGGAUUAUUUUCCACAAUCUCACACGUGAGUUUAUCGAUGACGUAAUUGUGGUAAUUUCCCUCUAUUAUUUUAUCGAUGUAAUUUUGUCUAUAUAAUAAAAAGGACAUUACACGGCGGCUUGAAGAUAUGAAUUUUAUUUUCUCGUGGCAAAAACAUUAUUUUACUCACUCGCUGCGCUCGUUCGUAAAAUAUUGUUUUGCCACUCGAAAAUAAAAUUCAUAUCUUCGCGCCAUCGUGUAAUAUCCUCUAUGUAUGUCAUACUACGGAACUUUCUCCUGGUACAGGAGGUGUUAAGAGGUAACUUACUAGAAGAGGGCAAAGCGACUAAAUUAUAUUGGAUCGUAUAAAAAAGUGAAAGAUCAGUCAGUGUUCUUCGUUCUUGCAGUGAUGACCAGAUAAGUUUUUUUUAAUUAAGGAAGACACACUUGUGGAUCUCUGAUAGUCGUUAUACACAAUCUUGCUGCUCACCUUUGAACCGAUUCCACGGUCGCAACACCCUUUGUGAUAUGAGGAUUCCAAGUUGGACUAGUAUACUCUGUUACACCGCAAGCGGUCGUCCUUCUUUCCUCAGAGCUUCGCGCGACGGGCGAAAAAGUGAUCACCGUGACUCAAAAGAAAAAUAGGAGACUAUUUAUUGAGUGUAUAGUUUUAACUUUUGAGUGUGCGGAUGAAAUCCUAUGGUGUUACCAUUCAAAUGAAACCUCUUCAGCAGUACUUUCACAUGGUACUAUUUAUUUAGUAUGUAGUUCUAACUUUUGAGUGUGCGGAUGAAAUCCUAUGGUGUUUCCAUUCAAAUGAGACCUCUUCAGCAGUACUUUCACAUGGUACUAUUUAUCGAGUAUCUAGUUCUAACUUUUGAGUGUGUGGAUGAAAUCCUAUGGUAUUACCAUUCAAAUGAGACAUCUUUGGCUGUACUUUCACCCGGUGCUAUUUGUUUCCAAAAUCUCUACUAGGCGGGCAGCUUGUCAUUGACUGUAUUACGAAGCAAAGACUAUUUAUUUAACGUUCUUAGGCUAUGACUGAUUUUUAUCUUGUUAUAUUACAGGGAACAAUGUCCAAAUCUGAGUGGGAGGCUAUUGGUAAGUGCCACACAAGCUUUGUUAAAGCAAAUUUUUUGCCCGAAUUUUAAUGUGUAUCCUUUGCAAUGUAUCAUUUAAAUUGUGGCCAUCUCUGAGGCGGUUGCGUCUUGUAAGCUUUUGUUCAUUUUAGGUCAAGAUUGACACUAAUUUGUUGUUUUCUUCUGUUACACUUUGGUGAACGAAAGGGAAUCCGAGACAUUCUUGGACUCUGGAUGCCACGCGGUGGAUUCCGGUUUCCGUAUUCCAUGUUCUAGAUUCUGGCCGGAUUCUUUGUCAGUGGAACUUGGAUUACGGAUUGCAAUCGUUAGUGGGAUCCGUAUUCCUUGAGCUGUAUUCCAGAUUCCAAAGCCCAGGAUUCCUAAUUACACAAGAAAAUUUCCCGGAUUCGUUUUCCACAAGAUUUCGGAAUCCGGAUUCCUUACGUAAGGGAGAAAAUUUAAAGUCACAUAGUAAAUUGGUUUUCUUUUUUGCCAGGAAUGUAUUUGGCAUUCGUCUUUGUUAAGAUUGACCCGGAAGAGGAAAAGAGGAAGAAAGAGGAGGCUGAAAGGAGAGAGAAGGAGAGAGCUGAACGGGAAGCUGAACGAAAAGAGAGAGAACGUGAAAGAGAAGAGAAAGCGAAAGCGGAAAAGGAGAGAGAAGAGCAAGCGAAGGCCGAGCAAGAGAAGGAAGAGCAAGCAAAGGCCGAGCAAGAGAAAGAAGAACAAGAAGAACAAGAAAAGGCUGAACAAGAGAAAACCGAAGAGGAAAAACCGGAAGAAAUGGAAUCCGAGCCAACAGAAGCCGCUGAGGCUGCAGACGAAACUACUGAGAGUGAAUCACGGAAAAGGAAACACGAGGAGGGCACUGGGGAACAGGAAGUGGAAGAUGACGGAGAACCCGCGGCAAAGAAACAGGAAACUACUGAGGAAACUUCCGGUUAACAGUCGUUAAUUAGCAGGGGUGGGUUGAAGUGGGGUCUCGCAAAGUAAAUAAGUUUUGUGGAAAGAUUGCUUCAUCAGUGGACUUUGUCGUUUUUUCCUCCAUUUUUCAACAGACCAGUCUUGAAGGCCAUGUCUAAAGGUUUAAAAAAACAUGUUUUUAAAUUGUGUGUAUUAAGCUGAUGUGGAGAUAGAGUUGCGGAAAUUGUUCAAGUUGUUCGAUAACUGGAAACGACUGAACGAUAUUCAAGUCUUACAAAAAGCUUAAAGAGUAGAAGCAGCUCAAAGCUUGAUUCAUUAGUUAACUUAGCUGUAACAGUCUGCGAUCAUGCCAGUCCUAUAUCCGGCUCUACGAGGUGUUCUUUCAUUAGUUUAGCACAGUUCCUUUGAAGCUAUGAAACAAAAUAAGACGCUCAUUUGGGAUUCUAGAUGACACUGCCUAUAAUACCACAGGCAAAUCCCCCUCUGUGUUUCCGUUGUUUUUGGUUAAAUCUGAGCAUCGAUCUGUUGUUCUUUAUUGAAGAAAUCAGUACAGAUUUAGAGUUUGCUCGCAGACUGGAUCACAGAUUUUAAAAACAACAACGGCCACUUAAUCAGAGGUCACUGGUGGGCUGCAUGUCUUAAAAGCGAGUUUUGCCUCAGAGUCUCCUUAAGCUGUGCCUUCUUUCCUAGCGGCGAUGGGUAGGGUCUCCUUCAUUCUCCCCUAAAACCUCAAUGGUCUGCCAGAAAGUAGAAUUUGAUCCCGCAGAACACGCGCCUCAGUGCUUUUUUUCUAUUAUUUGUUAAAUAAGUAACUCUUAGAGUGUUGCAGUAAGAUGAAGCCUUCCAUAAAACUAAGUCUAGCAUGAGCCCACAGUUCUCUGAUAACUUGUUGCUUAGUAACCUUCAUUUUAGCGACGACAAUCUCAUGUGAUCCAUACAUUCAAUAUCUGAUUGGCUAAUAACAGCCACUGCCAAUCCCCCAUGUGCUAGAAGUCUUUUAUAGUGGGACGCAUGUCCACUGUAUUUUCUCUUCACGCGUCAACCACACUUUCCACGUCAUGCUUGAAGUAUUUGUGUACAUACGAAACUAGUCAACAGCUCGUUCAGUAUUUGAAUUCCUUUUUUUUGUAGUAAAAUGGCUGUAUUGUUACUAAAUUUCCUAGCCCGCCGCGUCAAAGACCGUCAAUACCGCCGGUAUUCAUAGUCUGUUUAUAAUUAACAGUAUCCAGGUUUUGAGUGAGGUAGUUUUGCGUGUGUCUGCACCGCUAGCCUGGGUACAAACCCCCACUCCCCUCAGUAAAAAUCUAUUUUUUACUGAGGGGAGGGGAGGCGGGGUCUGUACACAGGUUACUGCACCGCAUGCUACCCUUUCCCGCGUUUGUGAAUUUUACCUUAACCGAACUUUAACCCUCUCGCCUCUAACGGUGGCCAAAGAAAAAUAUCACAAUUUAAAAUUCAAAUUUCUCUUUGUACAAUCCGAAGAAAUAGUGAACCAUGCAAAAGGUCUAUCAAAGAGAUUUCAUGUGAAUGGUAACACCAUAGGAUUUCGUUCACAGAUUUAACAGUUAGAUUGACGGAUAAUUUCGCAAAAGUUUGGUCUAGGGAUAAGAGGGUUAUGAAAGGUUGGUGAAGACUUGUACUUGUAUAUCAUGUUAUUACGCUGUUAUUCUACCCUGUAAUGCAUAUCCACGCUGUGAUCUUGAUUAAAGAACAUAACUGGAG